AUGAGUUAUUAUACAGAUAUCUUAGAUACUACAAAUGUAAGUUUUGAUGGAGAUUUUCAUACACAAAUAAAAAAUUUAAUGGAUUACAUUCGAAUGAGUCGAGAUGAAGUGGAAAGAUUACAAUUAUUAUUUAAUGAUUUACAAGACAUAUUUGGAAAUACUUGGAAAGGUUCCAAGUUAGAGGUGUUCGGAUCAAUUGUAACAGGUCUAGCACUUCGAAGCAGUGAUGUUGAUUGUUUAGUUAAUCUUCCACCAUGGUUGGAUAUGCCAAGGGCAGACUUUGUAAUAGAAGCUCGGAAGAUAUUACAAAGAAAUCGUAAAUUUCAAAACGUAUUUGCAAUAACAAAAGCUAAGGUUCCCAUAGUGCAAUUUACUUAUGUUCCAACAAAUACUCACUGUGAUGUGAGUUUUUCUACCCGUGCUGCAGUCAAGAAUUCCAAACUUCUGGAAUAUUUGAUAUUCAGUGAUGAACGUAUACUUACCCUUAUGGUUCUUGUCAAGUAUUGGUCAAAGAUUCAAUGCUUCACGGGUAUGAACUUAAUGUCAAGUUACAGCCUUACUUUACUUUUCUUAUUUUACUUACAACAAAAGAAUAUUUUACCCUCAAUAAGAAUUUUGCAGCAAAAUGUUACAGAAGAUAUUGAAGAUAACUGGAACACAGCAUUUUCACUCUCUGUAAGUAAAUCCAGUAACAACGAUAGCUUGUAUACAUUGUUUGGUGGAUUUUUGAAAUACUAUGAGAAUUUUAAUUUUAAAAAGUAUGUUAUAUCUCUGUAUACCGGAACUUUAAUUGAUAGAGAGAAAUUUAAGAGUUUGGAAACUCUACCAGAAGAGUUUGAAUUAUAUAAAAUAAAUGUUACCAGAAAUAUUUGUCAACCAUUGAGGAUUGAUACAAUGAUGUGUAUUCAAGACCCAUUCAACCAUAGCCGCAAUUGCGGUGUUUCUGUUCAUCCCAAGUUGGCUCUUAGAAUUAUUCAUCUUUUUAGUAAUGCAGUCAAGAUUUAUGAAUCGGAAACUGAAGCAAUAUUUUUAAAAAAACUACUCAGCACUAAUGAAAAACCGCAAACUGCAUUUAGGCCCACAUUCAGGAACUUUGUAGCUAAAAAGGGCAGCAUCCAGAAGCACCAGUGGAACCGUGGCCAGUUGAAACAAAAGGGAAGAAAAUUCAAGCAACAAUUUAAACAUAAUAGAAAUCAGAGAUAA